AUGGAUAUGAAUAUAACAAAUUAUACAAGUUUAUUUGAUAAUAAUUCAUUGUCACUAUCAUCAGCAUUAAAUCCAUGUCCACGACAACGAAAUAUAACUCGACCAUUAUUAUUUGUUCAUAAUUAUGCACUAUUAUUUUUUGGUUCAAUAUUUAAUUUUCUUGCAUUUGCUAUUCUAAUGCAACGUUCAUUAAGAUGCCAUUCGACAUUUGCAUAUUUAGCAUUUUUAUCAUUAUCAAAUGGUUUAUUAUCCUUAGUACAUUUUUCUAAAUGGAUGUUUAAUUAUUAUUUCAAUUUAGUUCUUGAAAAUUUUUUAUUAACAUGUCGUUUUCAUCGUUUUUCAUCCGAUUUUUUAACACAUUUUAGUUUAUUUACAUUAAUAUGUGUUAAUAUUGAUCGAGCACGAACAGUAACAAAAAAUUGUCCAAAACGAAAAUAUCCCAAAUCAAAAUUUCGUAUUGUUUUAAUUAAAGAAUUUUUUAUUGGAAGUAUAUUAUGUGCAUUUCAUUUUCAUUGGAUUAUUAAAUACGGUUAUGAAGUAUUUGAUAGUAAAUCGAAAUCUGCACAUUGUGGUUUUAAUGAAAAUCAAACAACAACAAUAUAUUAUUAUCUUCUUACAAGAAUUUAUCCACCAUUUGAAUUAGUAGUAUUUUUUUGUCUUCCGCUAUUCAUUAAUAUAUUCUGUACGAUACUUAUUGUACGAAGUUUACGUGUACGAAUGCGUACAGCUAAACAAUUUCAUCAAUCAAAAACGAUUAAAAAAGAUGAGGAAAAAUUAUUGAGUAAAUCUGAAAAAUUUUUAUCGUAUUUUUUACCUCAAACAACAAAUAAAAAAUCCAAUUUACACAAUUGUUUUUGUUUUCAAAUGCAAUGUCGACAACAUACACGUAUGCGUUUAAAAAUGGGUCGAAGUAAUCGAAGUUUAAAUAAAUAUGAAGAAGAAAAUCAUGUAAUUGAUAGAAAAAAAUCAAUUUUAUUAUUAAAUAAUAAUCAAAAUCAAGUAACAUCAAAUUUAUUAAUUAAAAAACAUCGAACACGACGUACACGUGAUAUACAUUUAUCAGCUAUGCUUAUUAGUUUAAAUAUUCUUUAUUUAAUAUUAAAUUUACCAUUUAAUUUUCAUCAAACAUUUGUUACAUAUUUUCAUAAUGCAACAUCUAGUCAAUGUGAAAUUAUGUUUACUAGUUUAUUACUUGAUGCAUUACAACAAACAUUUUUUUCAACAAAUUUCUUCUUAUAUGUAUUAACAAAUCGACGUUUUCGAGAAGAAUUUUAUAAUACAAUAACAAAAAUUUUAUCACAUUGUAAACAACAAAAUUCUCCAAGAGAAAAUUCAAAUAAUCAAAGUUAUAAAUCUCAACAAGCGCGAGCAUCAAGUUGUAAUCCAUCAACAACAAUAACUCCAACAAAUCAAAUAUUUCAAGUAUUACCUACUGAUUAUUGUGAUAGUAUUAUAUCCGAUAUAGAAUUCACUGAAACAUUACCAAUACAACAUCCUCAACCAUUAGAAUCGAUUGAUGAAAAUUAG